AUGACAACCAAUAUCAUUAAACAUUCAUCUGAUUGUGCUAAAUGUGCUGUUUGUCAAUGUCGUUGUUGUAUAAAUAAACGUACAAAAUGUUCACGAGUAAAAAAGUCUCUUAUUCAAUCAGAUAUACAACACAAUGAUUAUGAACGUCGUUGUUUACUUAUUCUUGUACGACAUGGAAUGAGUCAAGAUGAAGUUGAUAAACGUUUUUCUGGAUGGAAUGAUUGUGAUCUAUCAAAUAUUGGUAAACAACAAAUGCAUCGAACAGGCCAAGCGCUUCAUCAAGCAAAUUUUCCCAUUGAUAUAUGUUUUACAAGUGUUCUUAAACGUGCAAUUAAAUCUUUAUUUAUUAUUCAAGAAGAAAUGGAUUAUUUAUGGUUACCUGUAUAUAAUAUAUGGCGACUUAAUGAUCGUAUGUUAGGUAAUCUUACUGGUUUUCAUCGUGACAGAGCUGAAGCUUUAUUUGGUCAAAAUCAAAUUAAAGAAUGGCUAACACAAGCUGAAUCAGCACCUUCUCUACUUGAAGAAUCGAGCGUAUUACAUCCUCGAUUGAAUUAUAAAUAUCGUAAUAUCUCGUCAAUUGUUCCAUCGACAGAAACACUCAGUGAUAUCCGAAAACGACUUUUACCGUUCUUUUAUGAUCAAUUAUUGAGUAAUUUAUAUUUUGGUAAAAAUAUUCUCGUUGUUACACACGAAGAUAUAAUAAAAGCAAUUAUUCGUCUUUUGAAUAAUUAUACUGUAGAUGAAUUUGUUAAUCAAGAAAUACCAAUUGGUAUACCAAUUGUAUUUGAAUAUUCAUUAAAUACAAAUGAAUUAUUCAAUGCUUAUUAUCUUUCAUCCACAUUACUCGAAAAUAAUGUAGAUAAUCAAUAUCAAUUAUUUCCAAUAGGAUUUGGUAAUAAGAAAUUAACAACAACGAAAGAUAUCAUCAAACAAUAUACAUUGUCGAAUAUUGAUUCGAAAACUUUUCAAGAAAAAUCAAGUCUUCAUAAUAAAAAAAAUUCAGUGGAUACAAGCGAUCCAUCAAUUGAUACAGAUAGUAAGCUUUCGAAAUUAAAUGUCAUAGACAUACAUAUUUAA